AUCAAUUCCCACCUGAAUAAUCUUAUUUCCGUUCUCCGCUACUUCCAUAUGCUUAAUUAGCAUACAUGACAAUCCGUUUCCAAAUAGCCUAGUCAUUAAACGGCAUUUUAUUAUGACGCUCCGAAAAAAGGGAACCCGAUUUCCCACGAGAUAUAUAAAAAAUCCAGUGAUUUCCCCUUUGGUGUCGUGGGUGUUCUGUUUUUCCCCAUGGUUAUGACGCUGAACGUUUUGUCUAUAAAAAUAUAUCAGUUGAAUCAUUAGAGCCUCUUUUUAAAUGCUUACGGGGCUCCAAUUCGUUAUUCAAAAUUACAGCCUCCGCCUCCCCGUUAAACGCCGGAUCACACUGCGGUCGUAGAUGUAGCUAAGCGGGCUGUGGAGGGUCCGCCUUCAAACAUGCAUCCAACGGAAAGUGGCUGGUCAUCCCCCAGGGACGCUCGAUUUCAGCCGGGGUGAAGUUUGAGUCUCAAUAGCAAAAAGGGACUUGAAGCGGUACCGGACGGACGGGAGGGGACUCAUCCAGUGCAGCGAUGUCGCCGAGACACCGCUUUACUAGGACAAUGGGGAUAAGCAAGAAACAGUAUCUGCCGCCUUUUAAAAUAUAUCCUUAAUGAAGCACAUAGAAAAUUAUAAACGCAUAGUUGAUUUAUGGGAAAAAAAGUAUAAUGCAUGGAAGGGAUUGCAGCGGCUGACUCCGGACUCCUCGUGGAGGAAUGCGAGUGACGGAUUAAAUAACGCGAGGUCGGGGAUGAAUCAGCGACAAGUGACGGCUGGAUAAAUUUUAACGCUGGAUCAUUUCCUCUCAUGCUCCGCUGGCGCUCCAGGGGGAAAGGCGAUGUAGACAAGCGCAGCGCUGACAUGGGGAAUACCCGGCCGUCGGCGUGCUUCGUUAAAAACAAGGGGGAAAUGGACAAUCCGAAGCACUAAGACACGCAGUGUGUCCGACGGCCUAGACCUCACCUUUUUGAUUUCUCAUCGAGCAUGGAUUCUAUCGAUCUCUAACGUAAGGGGACGUUCGGCGAUAUCCAGAAGGCUGGUUGGGUACAUUUUUUAAAUAACAUGGCCGAUCAAAGUAAUAUCCAGUCCGCUGCUUCCAAAAGCAUUCGACCAUUCAAAUCCAGCGAGGAAUACCUCUAUGCCAUGAAGGAGGACCUGGCCGAGUGGCUCAACACGCUGUAUAACCUGGAUAUCUCGCCAGAUAAUUUCAUGGAGGCGCUGGAGACAGGCUGCGUCCUCUGUCAGCAUGCCAACAACGUGAACCGAGCGGCGCUGGACUUCCAGACGGGUUAUCCGGAGGCUGCCAGUUCCAUGCGUUUGCCGAGCAAGGACGUGGUCUUCCAGUCACGCAACGUGGUACCGGGCUCCUUUCUAGCCCGUGACAACGUGUCCAAUUUCAUCGCCUGGUGCCGGCAGGAGCUGUGGAUCAAGGACGUGUUGAUGUUCGAGACCAACGACCUGGUCCAGCGGCGCAAUGAGAAGAACUUCGUUCUUUGCCUGCUGGAGGUGGCCCGCCGGGGCUCCAAGUUCGGGAUGCUCGCCCCGAUGCUGAUCCAACUGGAGGAGGAGAUCGAAGAGGAGAUCCGGGACCAGGAGAACCUGGGAGAGCAGAGUCCGCCAAGCAGGUCGUUUAGUCGAAUGGAGAGUGUGGAGGACUCUGACUCUGAUCUGUACCCUAACUGGCAGCAGAAGCGAGUCCUUUGCGACAUGCGCAACCUGGACGAACUGGUGCGGGAGAUACUUGGGAAGUGUUCCUGCCCGGCCCAGUUUCCCAUGACAAAGGUCUCUGAGGGAAAGUACAAGAUCGGCGACUCCAGCUCCCUGAUCUUCAUUCGGGUGCUGCGCACGCACGUGAUGGUGCGAGUGGGCGGCGGCUGGGACACGCUGGAGCACUACCUGGACAAGCACGACCCCUGCCGCUGCCACGCUUUUGCUCACCGGUACCACCAGUCCAAAGCAGGGGGCUCACAAAGCAAGUCCUCCAGUGCACACUCCUCACGUUCCACCAGUCCUGGGCCGCAGUGGCGCAACGAGUGUGCUGCUGCCUUCAAGACGCCCGACAGGCGGUUGGUGGAGCCCCCCCCUCCGGCUGCCUCCCCCCCAUGCAGGACCGCCCGCGCCCACCGGCCCUCCCUCCCCACAGAUCUGGACGCCAGCGCCAGCCGGCCCAGCACCCUGAUGCCCCGUCCUGCCCGGGACCGCUCCGAACCUCGGCACCCCUCCUCGCUCAGGAACAAGGACAUGUUUAUCCCGGCAACGCGCAGGAUGUCCGGAGACAGUGACUCGUUGAUAAUGUCCCCUAGAAGUGGGGCGGCCCGGGUCUCGCUUGGGGGCUCCCGCCGCCCAGGGGAGGAGGUGAUCCUGCUGGUGAGCCGCACCGAGGGCAAGCACGUCAUUGAGAGGCCUGCAGGAGGAGGCCAGACCCCAUCCCUGCAGCCCCACCUGGCCCGUGCACGCAGCCAGUCCCGGGAGCGGCCCGCCGAGACCUCGCUGAAGCCCAGCUCGCCCCGGGGUGUCCUCGAGGAGUCACGGGCAGCCCGACCAGAGAGGGGGCGCUCAUUGGGGCCAGAGGGGGCUCGCAAACUUCAGGUCCCACGCUCACUAAGCCAGGGCAAGAUGCCUGCCCGGGUCCGGGCUAGUGAGCCCAGUCCAGGCCCACGGACCCCCCACACUGACAAACGAGAGGAUAGUCGAGGAAAACUAGCAGCCCCCGCCUCCCCCAAGCAGAGUGGGGGCUUCUUGCGGAGGCAACUGCCCAGUCACUCUCAUUCCCCAGUUAAAGGAACGCUGGGAAGCCCCAGUAAAAAGGCCCCAGCUACCCAUAAGCCUCCUGCUUCCCACUCCCAGCCAUCAGCCUCCCCAGUGCAUCGCUACUCCUACUCCUCAGCCCGGCCCACCCAUCCUCACGCACAGCGCCCAACUCGGGCGUCGCACGCCCCCCACCGGCCCGGCCGCAGCGUCCCCCAGUGGGCGGGGCCUGAAGACAGCCGACAAAGCUUGGGCUUCGGGUUCCAGGUUCUGCCCAGCCUGGACCCGCAGAAAGAGCAAGACCUGAUCCGCAGCUUCGAGGCUGAGUUUCUAGCCAACACUCAGCUGGCUGCGGCCAUACCCAGCGAGGACCCAGAGGAAGUGGCGGACGCAGGGAUCCAGGGACAGGAACGAGGGUUCAGGGCCAUCCUUCCCCUGCCCCCAGGUGACCCCAAUGUCACAGACUCUGCCUACUCCUCCUCCAACUCCUCCACCUCCUCUUGCCAAAGGGAUCUGCCGCCUGCUUCCAGCUGCAACGAAGAUGUCGAGAUGUACCCAUCUUAUAACUCUGAGAAGCGACCAGGCUUCUGCUGUGAGGAUGGUGACAAGGGCCUCCAGCAGGCUAUGGGGAUACCCAGGGAUGCAGGGCAGAGGAGCACAGUGCAGCCGCAGGGGUACCCAGACCAAUGCAUGGACGUUCCCUACAAUCUGGAGGAGCAUAAGAACCAAGAUGAAGGCCUGCUUCCCCCGGAGGACUGCUCCCUACGGGACGACUCCAGCGAGAGUUCUUCAGCAUGCGCCAGCCUGAGCGAGGCCCGCUCCGAGGGCUCCUCGUCCCCCCCGCCACUCGCUGAUGGGGAUGGGGGGGUGGUACUACGACCCAAGCGGGGCAUGAGGAAGCCGGAUCGUGUACCCUCUAUCUACAAGCUCAAGCUGCGACCACGUAUCCGCCCACGGACCGACAACCGGCCCGAGAACCAGCCCUCGCGGAUCCCCACCCCAGUCAGCUACAGGGAACAGCCGCGCGCCUGCCUGUCCCUGCCUGCCUCUCCGCGCAUCGCCCGCAGCAAUGGCUACCCCAGCUCCCAGAAGCCCAUCCACAAGGCCUUGGUGGAUUUCAUCAACCCCCGCACCCGCUCCCCCAGCUUAGGCCAGUGGGACUAUGCCUCCUCCGUGGAGUCUGGGAGCUUAGAUGAUGAUUGUUGGAUGUAGCUGGAAUCUGCACCCAGGAUGCAUCUCCGAGCAGAAUAAGCUGCCCCCAAGUGUUUUGCGGCUGGCUUUCUGAUGCUUGCUUGCUUCCUUUCCUCGUGAAUGAAGGGGCAGCUGGGACAGAGGACACAUGGGACUGGAAACAGAUCAAGGCACUUAGGAGAGGGUUAAGAUUAGGGCCACAAAACGGACCUCUGCCAUCAGCAGCUACCUUGUCAGGGAAAACAAACUAGGGACGAGGUGUCUGGAUGAUUCAGAGCGAGUGCUUAAAGAGCUCUUUCUGAGCCUUGUUUGAGUGAUGUGCAGGCAGUCUUCAGGCCUCCUACCCCCCUCCCCACCUCAUGCGACCUUCCAGUCAUCAAUUAAAUGCUUCCAACUUCCUUUUUGCACUUCAAAUGUAAUUUAUUUAUUUCCCAAAGAACCACUGAAACAAAGGAGCGCCUUUAUCAGCUCUCAUCAGCUGGUUGGUGAUUUGCAGGUUAAGUAUCCAGGCUUAAUUAUUGAUGGGUGACCGGCCGUGGAAGAGACUGCUCUGCACAGGCAGUUAACCCCAAAAUUGCGUAAUGGUCUUCAAAGACAAGUAUGACCUGCAUGACUUAAUAGCAAAUCAGUCUGUUCCCUUGCAGCCAUACACACUUAGUGGGUGUCUAACAUGUAAACGAUAAUCAAACCAAUUCUCUAAUUCCCUGUGACCCAGCAGUUUCAAUGUGAACAUCCUAUGGUGCAUCCUAUGAUGGUGUGAGGUUUCUCCAUCUGUAUUUACUGUAUCUUAGUCACAGACACUAGGUUUUACUUUGAGUGUAUUUAACACUACAUGUUAUAUAUACAGUGCUGCUUGGGUCAUGUCAUCAGCCAAGCGACGCCUUGUUCUCUCUCGUCUAACCAUUGAGAAUGUGUUACAUGCGCCUCGUACGUUGCUGCUGGCCCCUGUCGUCGUCCAUCUUUAGUUUUGGCUGUUGUAUUGUAGCUACACAGAUAUUUUAGUAAAUAUUUUUGUAAAUAUGUACACUUUUAGAUUUUUUUUAAGUUUUACACGCUGUUUUAUUUUAAAUAUAUCUCUGUUAAACCGGAGGUGAGAUGUAAAUUUUUUGAGUGCUGAAAGUGACUGUAGCUCCAGACGCUGAGGUUAUUGGGUCCAGUCACCUUUGAUUUGCACCAGUUUACCACGCAUAUUACUUCAGUUUAUCUGCUAUUGGUUAACUUCAACUGUGGAUCUGAUAGUAAAUGGCAUGCUUAGUUUGUAUAUAGUAUGUGUACAUAGUUACUUUAAAAAUGUGUUUUGUCUGCCUUAGCUAUGCAAAUCUGCUGUUGGGAAGGUUGCCUUGACUAUCACCUAUGCCUUAAAAAAGUAUGUGCGUGUGUUAGUCUGUCCCAGUUUGCGCAUUGCAUUCACCAGUGUACCAGUGAGUAUUUGUGAACUGUGCCCACGAACGCAGUGCAAUGCGAGAAGCCGUUAACUUUACCUCCAUAGAGCUGGUUGCUUGCUCCACUACUUCUGUCUCCCUCUGUUUUAUAGCAGUAGUUCUCAAACUCGGUCCUCGGGACCCACUGCCCAGCUUGUUUUCCAGCUAUUCCUGCCUUACACACUGCUGAUUACCUGGAUCAGGUGUGUUCAGUCAAUCAGCAGUGUGUAGGGCAGGGAUAGCUGGAAAACAAGCAGGGCAGUGGGGCCCGAGGACCGAGUUUGAGAACCACUGGUUUAUAGUAUUGUCUUAAACUUAAUGUUUGAAGCAUUGUGGGAUUUAUAGAAUAUAGCCGAUAACUUAUGCGUUGAACAACAUUAAAAUCGGAUUGCCAUCUGUAGUUGCAUUCUUGUAAUGCCUCUUGCCAUAACCUGAAAUUGUGACCGGAUACUGCCAUCUACAGGACACAGAGAGAGUGGUUUUUAUAAUAGGUGUUAAUGUCAAGGCCCCCUAUUUAGUUAUUAAUUUCAGUAGUUGAACUGUUUGUGAAUUGCAAGCUGACUCUCUAAACAAAUACUACAAGAUUCCCCUGUAUAUAGUAUUGAAUGAGUACUGAAUGAAAUGGAAUGUGUACUUCCUGGUAUUACUGUAUGUUUGCGGAGUGGUUGUAGUGUCAUUGUACAUUAAAAAAUGUGUGUACAGAUGCACUCAAACAGCAUGGCGGUAUACUGUGCAAGUGAAAGUCUUGAUGCACUGUUCCAAAACCAGCCCCAUGAAGUGUAGAGAAAUUCAGGGUAUUUUGUAUUUGUGUCGAAUGCCUAAUGAGGGAGGGGGUCUGAAGAACACUGAUAUGUUUCGUAACGUGUGGAGAUGCAGUAGGACUGAAAGGCUACGCAAAUGGGUUUUAUUUAUUUAUUUAUAGGUUUCAAGUAUGGACGAUCUUGCAUGACUGACAGCCUUCAGACUUAUGAGUUAGUUUUUAAAUUCUGUAUAUUUACGGGACCAUGCCAAUGAUAUGUACUCAGUAGGAUUCUUUGUUCAGUUGUUUUCCUAAAUACCACACCUCUGCUAUGCGCUGAUGGAAUGAUGUAAUACAUAUGGAUCUUUUGUUUUGCUUUUCUUUCCUUAGUGUUUCUUUAUAAAGGGAACUUGCAACCUCAGUUUAUUAAUUGUCAGGAAUAGUAUGAUAAUAACUUUCCAUUUCUGCCACCCGAAGAAUGCGAGAUACACAUGAAGUCAUUCAAACAAAAACGGAACAUUCAAGCUUUUAGUGGUAGAUCUUUGGACCUUCUAAAGGCAUGGAAUGGUGUUCAGCUGCCACCCAGCAGUGCUCCCCACUCAAGCCAUUCGGAACGGAUCUGGUAGUCUGUUUUCUGUGGUCUUCCACUUCAGCCAAAUUUUCUUUUCCUUUUGACCAUUUUGUUGCGUUAAUGUGCUAAAUGUAUUGGUUGCGUUUUUAUAAUCAUUUUACUUUUCCAUGCUUUCGUGUUGUAAUUUAGAAUGGAGAUGUGCUGCAUGUCAGGCGUAAUCUUAAAAGUUAUUUGUGACCAGCUGUCAUUGCUGUGUACAAAUGACCCCAAAAUGCAAAUGUGAUUUGGUACUUGAAUGCAAAUAUAUUGUAUAUUCUGUUUUAGUUUACGACUGUCUAUUAUAUAGUGUCUGUGUAUCAAUAACAGAUGGUUACAAUUAUCUUUAUGUUGCCUGUUUUCUGAUGCUCUCCACUAUAAUUGGUGUUUAGAGGUGCUCUGUCAUUGUAGAAUUUAUUUGUAUUAAAUAGCAAUACAGGAAGACCAAGACUCCACUGUUUUUCCCCCUUUUAUUUUCAUUGCUGUUUUUGUUGCAAUAAAUGAUUCCAUAAAUAUUAAUAA